UUUUUUUUUUUUGUUAUAAGCGGCAAAGCUCUGGUAUUCCGGUAAGCGAGAUUAGUGAUAACCGUUUGAUCAAUACUGCGCUAUCCUCCUCAGUGUGGAUAUAGUUAGAGUUAUGCCAAGCUCGAACAUGAAUAUUUUCUAAGAGACUCCGUUUAUCCUUUAAUGUUCGCCAUAAAAGAUGCCACCGAAGAGAAAGAAAGAGAGUGUGCCGAAGAAAGAAAUCGUGCAGGAGCCGGAAUCUGAGCCGGAGCCGGAAGUCGUGGUGACGACCGAGCCGGAACCCCCGAAACAGGUGUCUUUGCUCACCGGAGAACCUUAUGGACCUCGAGUUCGUAUUAUCAGCGAGAAAGCCGAGGAGGAGAGCUCGGAUGAUGAACCAGAAUCGCAGAGCGAGGAAGAGAGAUAUCAAGAAGAUCAAUUGGAAGUGCCUUCCGAAUUCUGGCACAUACAAAAGCUAUUCAAGUACAUGAAGGCUGGCAAUCAGACUGCCACUAUGGUGUCUUUGUGCUUAUUGAAGGAUUAUGAUCUCACUGACAAGAUCAUACAGAAGGCCAUUCAAGAAAUGGGCGGUCUUGAGGUUCUGGUGAAUCUCCUCGAGACAAAUGACAUUAAAUGCCAAAACGGUUCGUUAUCGGUUCUACUACAAAUCGCAACUUCCACAGAAAUGAAGAGAUAUUUAAUUGACUUGGACAUCGCAACGCCGUUAAUUCAAAUGCUGAAGCAUCCUGCUAGAAAUAUUCAGAUUUUGGCAGCCGAAACGAUGGCCAUUAUAGCUCGGAUCAGGAAGGCCAGAAAACAGAUCAGAAUUCGCGGUGGAAUACCUCUCAUAUUAGACGUGAUGGACGUGCCGGACGAAGUUCUCCGUCGACCGUACGACGAAUUGAGCGAAGCCAGUAAAGAACUUGUGACAGUUGCCAUAGGUUGUGCCAAGGUCUUGGAUUCUUUGGGCAGCAGCCCAAAGAUCAAGGAGGAACUUCGCAAACACGGCGUCGUUCGCUUGAUGUCGCGUUUUCUGAGAUCAAAACACACCCAGCUGAUCAUACCCACGAUGGGCGUCGUGCAGCAGUGCGCUGACCUGAACGUUUUCAGAGAAGCGUUCGAGCGAGCGGGCAUCAUCGAUGACCUGGUGCGACAUUUGAAGAAUGACAAUGUGAAGCUAAAGGAGAACUCUGCCCUGGCCAUCUUCAAGUGCGCCUCGAGUCGGGAAACUCGGGCAAUGGUGCGUCGAGCCGGCGGUUUAGAUCCACUUUGCAAACUCGUACAGAGCGAUGAGGUGUACGCCAACAAGCGCCUGCUGGCCGCGGUCACCGGCGGUGUUUGGAAGUGUGCCAUCAGUCCAGAGAACAUAAUGAGGUUCAAUCAGAACAAUCUGGUCGCGUCGCUGGUGCCCCUGCUCGAGGAGAACGAGGACGAGCGAGUGUUGGCCAACGUCGUGGGUGCUCUCGCUGAAUGUUGUAAAGAUCCCGCUAACAGGAAUGUCUUGAGAAUUAACGAGGGCCUGCCGAAACUGAUUAGACAGUUGAGCGCCACGUACGAGCCGUUACUGGAGAACGUGCCGCUGGUGCUAAAAGAGUGCGCCGUCGAUGAGAGAUGCAUGGACAUUAUUAACGACCAGGAGCAUCGGCUGGACGGGGUGCGGUUGGUCUGGUCCCUGCUGAAACACCCCAGUGACGUGAUCAAGCGUAACGCCUGCUUCGCCCUGGUACCCUGCAUCCGGCACGCCAAGGACUCGCCGGAGAUGGUACGCGCCUUCGUGGGCGGCCUCGAGCUCACGGUCAGCCUCCUGGAGAGCAAGGACACGGAAGUGCUCAGCGCGGUCUGCGCCAUGAUCGCGGAGAUCGCCACUGAUCCCGAGAACCUGGGCAUCCUGACGGAUCAUGGCGUUGUGAAGAAACUAGCUGCUCUUGUGGAAACUGAUGAUGAAAAUUUGCGCGCUAAUCUAACAUUAGCGAUAGCCUAUUGCUGUGAAUGGAAUCAAAAUAGUUAUGAAUUCGGCAAAUUGAACGCGGUCGCGCCGCUCGUUAAUUACAUGACCAGCAAGAACAAGAACGUGUUGAAGGGUGUUUGCAUUGCCGUGUACCAUUUGAGCAAGGAGCCCUUAAAUUGCGUGACCAUGCACACCUGCGGUGUUAUUAAGCACGUAUUGCGCUUGGUGGGCUCGGAUGAUCCAGAGGUACAGAUUGCAGCUGCGUCCACUAUACGUCAUAUAAGGAAGCUCGCAUUGACAGCAGAAAAAUUCCACUUCAAAGAAAUGAACUCAUUACAGGAAAUCGAUUUCCGUUUAUGAAGGAUAUCCUGGUACCAGCAAGAGAGAUAGAAAAAAAAAGGAAGCAUUUAAAAUAAAAACAUAUUUAUUGUGGUGCGCGUAGUAAUUUAUAAUUUUUGUCAAUAUCUCUAAAUUUACAAUUUUAUUUAAAACCCGUUUGUUUAUCCUCCUUUCGGUAACAACCAGUAACACCAUAUGAAAAACUUUAAGAGUGAUGGAAGAAAGACAUAGAAAAAUUGCCCUCAGAUUUUCGUAGGAUCCACAAAUGGAAUACCGAUUUAAUCGGAUACGUAGUCAUUAAUUAUUAAGUUGUACAAUAUCAAGAUGGUGGCUUAAUUUGAGCAAUAUACACAUAUUCUAAGCUUGUAUCUGUACUUCAAAAUCGAAGCUAUUCGAGGACGUAAGAAUAUUAACAAAUACGAAGAUAAUUGCAUGCAAGUUACGACGCAACCUCAUACGUGUGAUUUACAAAUUUAAACUAAUUGUGCGUGUCGUUUUAUUGACGACUAACUAGAAGGCAUAAUUCUCGAUUAUUUUCGAAAGAUUCACCUUAUUGUGAUGGACAAU